AUGAAGUCGUCGAUUCAGGUCUUUCUCUUCUUCCUGCUCGGCCUGGUUGCCGGCCUGGCCAUCCCUGGGACCCCGCGGCGGCAGUCCCAGACCCAGUUUGCGGUUGUGGAUUUUUUGGGCAAGGAGGCAUGCCACUCGAUAUUGACGUCUUGCCGCGUGGACAGCGACUGCUGCUCCGGCCUCAAGUGCGGAACCUUUGACGACGAGUCGCUCUGCGUGCCAGGGGGCUAG